AAUUCAAAAAUAGGAUCGCAGACACUGUUGUGACCGCGUUUGUUCGACACGUAGAUCUGAUGACGAAAAACGACUUGUGACAGGUGUUAUUAUAAAAGUCAUUACGUUGAUAACCAACAUGACGUCAGACGGAGAUGCACGAGUUGUCCGCCUUGGUACGCGAGAUGUGACCUUCCCAUCAGCGGAGCUGUGUCAGUUGCACGACUGUAAUCACCUGCUGGGGGUCAGCCAGGCUUUGAUGGAGGAGCUAAGAGACAAAGGGUAUUUGUUCAUCCGCGGGUUGCACAACCCCGGAGAGGUAGCCCAAGCCAGGCUUGCCGUGUUAGAGUACAUCCUUGAGGCCGGGGAGGGAAAGUUACAGACGGGUCACCCCUGGGAGGCUGGGGUGUUAGACCAAAAGUGUGGUAGGGGGUGUCUACCCUUCAUGGAGGGUGUCAGGCCAAUAACUCAUGUUGAAGCGGUUUCUAAGGUUCUGGAAGGACCCAGACCCUUUAGUUUCUUCAAGAAUCUUCUUGGACAGGAAGCUCGAACAUUUGACUACAAAUGGCUACGAGGGAUUAACAGAAAGGAAUUCACCGGAGCGCACGUGGACAACGUAUACAUGUCACGUGGUACAGACGAGUUGUAUACAAUGUGGACACCAUUUGGUGAUGUCAGCGUGGAAAUGGGCACGCUAGCGGUUUGUGAAAGGUCACACAAGUUACCCGAAUUUCAACAUUUUCAAGAGACAUACGGGAAUAUGGAUGUGGAGAGAGACCAUCUACAAGGCACUGGUUGGUUUACUGAAGAUCCGUUUGAGAUCACCCGUCGUUUCGGUGGUCAGUGGAAGACAACAGAUUUCCAAGCAGGAGAUGUCCUGAUCUUCACAAUGAGGACUGUACAUAUGUCCACUGCUAACCUGACCAACUACGUCCGAAUUAGCUGCGAUACAAGAUGGCAGCCUUUGAGUCACCCAGCUGAUCCACGGUAUAUUGAUAACUUUGAAUUUAGCAAGCCUCGGUUUGGAUUACAUGCUCAGAACGAGGUGUUAUCACGACCGAGUGAAACAAAAGUCACCAUUGAGACCCUGAAAAAGAAGUGGGGAUUUCUGGACGCGUCAGAAAAAGAGAAAACGAAUUAAAGUCUUCGCCAAAGUAUCGAGAUGUGCGGAGAAAUGUUUUUGAAGAUUUUUUUUCUGUUUUUGUUAAGCAUGCAUUUUCAUGAGCUGAAUACCUUUUGCUUUUCAUUGGUUGUUUGCUUGUUGUUGACGAAGAAAUCAUGUAAUACACGUCACGUUGUAAAAUACAGUUAAAAUAAAGAUUUGAAAAGUA